CCGCCUAUAAGAAGGUCAUGCGCCGUCCGGCCGCCGCUCGCCAACAUGGCCCCCAAGAAAGUGGAAGCAAAGAAGAGCACGGAGGCAAAGAAGGCCAAAGAGGAGACCCCAGCGCCCCCUCCGAAGGCGCCAGAACCUGAGCCGGAAGCUCCGGUGGACCUGAAAAGCACGGUGGUGGAAUUCAGCGCCGAGCAGAUAGAAGAGUUCCGCGAGGCCUUCACGCUGUUCGACGAGACCCCGACGGGCGAGAUGAAGAUCACGUACGGUCAGUGCGGCGACGUGAUGCGCGCCCUGGGCCACAACCCCACCAACCAGGAGGUCCUGAAGCUGCUGGGUCAGCCCAAAGCCGAGGAGCUGCACACCCGGCUGCUGGACUUUGACGGCUUCCUGCCCGUGCUGCAGCACGUGGCCCGCGCCAAGGACAACGCCCACUUUGAGGACUUCGUGGAGGGUCUCAGGGUCUUCGACAAGGAAGGAAACGGCACCGUGAUGGGGGCGGAGCUCCGCCACGUCCUGGCCACGCUGGGGGAGAAGAUGACGGAGGACGAGGUGGACCGGCUGAUGGCGGGACAGGAGGACGCCAACGGACACGUCAACUACACGGAGUUUGUCAAACACAUCCUGGCCGGAUGAGGUCAGAGGUCAC